AGAGCGAGAGAGAGAGAGAGAUAGGGGAGGGCUCGCACUGCACGCACGCGCUCUCAGCGAAUAGCGCGUGUAUGUUGUGUUUUUUUUUUCUACAGCAGGCACGCGCUGAAGCACACACCGAGCGAGUGAGUAAGUGAGAGAGAGAGAGAGAGUGGAUGUGUCGCAGAUUUUAAAACUCCGUGAAAGCUCGCGCGCUCCACCGAAAAUGCUAGAACACGCAGAAGUGUCCGGAUAACGGGGUUGAGGAACGGGACGGAUCGAGCUUCCGCACUGAUCGCAGAGCAAAGAAGAAGAAGAAAAAAGUGAAACCGAGGCACGCGCUAGAAAUUUAAACCAAACAAAUAAAUAAAUACAAGUCAGUUUGAAGGCUGCGCUGCGAAAUGGAGCUGUCAUCCAUCGGAGAGCAAGUGUUCGCCGUAGAGUCCAUCACCAAGAAGAGAGUUAGAAAGGGAAAUGUGGAGUAUCUUCUGAAGUGGCAGGGAUGGCCUCCUAAGUACAGCACGUGGGAGCCGGAGGAUAACAUCCUGGACCCUCGGCUCGUUCUUGCCUUUGAGGAGAAGGAGGAGCGAGACAGAGCACAGGCUCACAGGAGGAAAGGCCUGAGGCCCCGCAGACUCGUCUUACGGAACAUCUAUGCCAUGGAGCUCCGAAGUGCUCAGAAAACUUCGGAGAAACCCGCUCCCCGAUUCCGCCUGUCACUCGCCCGCUCCAUGGGGGCGGGGCUACAGCACAACGCGAGGCGCUGCAGGAAUGGUGAGGGCGGAGUCUACCACCGCCUGUUGAAGCGCAGGAGCAGGCAGUUUGUGCCUAAAUCGUUGGAAAGUGCAGAAUCGCCACGGCAACGAACACUGACCCUUGAGAAAAACGCAGCGGAGGAGGAUGAGCAGGAGAAAGAGUGGGAGAAAGAGGAGGAGCAGCAGGAGAAGAAGAAGAGGAGGAAGACUGAAAAUGAGGAGCAUCAUGACAUUCCACACGGCCCAGAGAUGACAGAAGACCACGUCCUCUCAACACAGGAAACUGUCAUCACUGAUGGAAAACCAGAACACUGCGCUUCCUCCCCUGACUGCGAGGUGAAGCCACCCAGCACUGAGAUCGGUUCAGCUACAACAGCAGCGGACCAGUCAGCGAGCACUACCAUCACAAACACAUACGAGCACAAGCCAAUCACUGACACUUCAGGGGUCGGAGUCACCCAAGAUCAACCCACGACUGACAAAUCACUGAACAGCAGCUCAGGAGUGGGUGUGAUCACAGACAGGCUCCAGAAUCGAGCCUCGGUGAUAACGGUUCGGUUCGGUUCGAUUGACAGGUCUGCACAGGAUGAGGAGAAAGAGACAGGCGAGACAGACAGUGACGCGAAGAGAGAGACAGACAAGGACGAGGUCACGGCCGAGUGCACCACUACCUUGCAGCUGAGCGCGGAGGUCAGAACAGACGAGUCUCAGGCAUCCGAGUGCACACGGCAUCCUGGGAAGGUGAUCGUGACUAACGUGACGAUUAACUCCCUGACGGUGACGUUUAAAGAGGCGACGGCAGCGGAAGGGUUUUUCAGCAGCUACGGGCUGCAGGUCUGAGGGAACGAGGAGGAAAGAGGAAACACCGUUACAACCAAAAGUAUUUCCUGUCAAAUUGCUAAUGUGGUUAAAGAUCAAAGAGAGAGAGAGAGGAGGAGUAAGCGAAUCGAUUUUGAAUAACGAAUCCGUUAGAAAUGUUAGCAUUUGAGGUGAAGUACGCCUUAUUCACAUGCGCGCGAGAUAGUGAGAGAUUACAUGACCAGCAUAUGUGUUGAUCUGUCGAUGUAGUGAAGCCUUUUCGCCAUUUUUGCUUUACAGAUACUCGUCCGUUGUUAAAAAGGGUUACGUUUCCGUCUCCGUCCUUUCGUUUUAGUGAAAACGUGAACAAUAGUGGAAGGAUUUUCAUGUCGCUGACAGUGACACCUUUAAAUGCACGCAAAAAAAACAACAAAAAACAAACAAACCGAACGCCGUUUCCACUUAACGCUUCGUUGGUGUUAACCGUUCCACUAAAACAAAAGAAAAAAAAAUGCAGAUGUCUAUGGAUUUAACGCAAGUUCUUCUUUCAGGGACGGCGAUGACCAGAUGACAUCAUCAUCAACCCGUAGUCUCUGCAGCCCUGUCCCCCCUCCCACCCCCCAGUCUGGGAGAGGUAAAGGUUUAGCCGGCUCGGGUUUUGCUCUGCCUUUGCGCUCCGAGGCCUUGCUGCAUUUUUAACGAGUCCGUAUCAGUUCACAUUACAAACGCCAUUGCACAGGCUGUACUGAAGUGUAUUCACGAAGCGUCGGAAAACAGUGUGCUUUAGAUGUAUCUCUAGCAUGCAACAAAGUCGAGCUGAACGUUACUACAUGUGGUGAAACCGCAAAAAGAAAAAAGGAAAAAAAAGAAGAAAAAAAAAAAAGAGAGAGAAAAACAUGCCGUUAUACGAGUUGUAGUUCAUCUAUGGCAAGGUUACAUUUUUAUUUGUAUUUCCAAUAAAUAAAGUGACAAAAAUGUUUUGUGUCA